CGGGACGUCCGUGUUCCUCGUCGCUCGCCGCACUGCUUGGCGCCCGGGAAGCGGUGGUUGUGGAGGGGAAGACCGGCUCGCGGCUCUCCGGCUUCUGAGGCUUUGGGGUUUGUCGGAGGAAGAAGGCGGCGCGAGCCCGGAGAACCCCGCCGCGGCCGACCCUCGGCGACUCUCCUGCUGACCUCCGCGAGCCUUACCCGCCGCCGCUGUUGGUUGGAGCAUUCAACAUUGUGCAGCAAAGAAAUGGUUAUGGAGAAGCCCAGUCCGCUGCUUGUAGGGCGAGAGUUUGUGAGGCAAUAUUACACUUUGCUGAAUAAAGCUCCAGAAUAUUUACACAGAUUUUAUGGCAGGAAUUCUUCCUAUGUUCAUGGUGGUGUAGAUGCUAGUGGAAAACCCCAGGAAGCUGUUUAUGGCCAAAAUGAUAUACACCACAAAGUGUUAUCUCUGAACUUCAGUGAAUGUCAUACCAAAAUUCGUCAUGUGGAUGCUCAUGCAACCUUGAGUGAUGGAGUGGUUGUCCAGGUCAUGGGUUUGCUGUCUAAUAGUGGGCAGCCAGAGAGAAAGUUUAUGCAAACCUUUGUUCUGGCUCCUGAAGGAUCUGUUCCAAAUAAAUUUUAUGUUCACAAUGAUAUGUUUCGUUAUGAAGAUGAAGUGUUUGGUGAUUCAGAACCUGAACUUGAUGAAGAAUCAGAGGAUGAAGUAGAAGAAGAGCAAGAAGAAAGGCAACCAUCUCCUGAACCUGUGCAAGAAAGUGCUAAUAGUGGUUACUAUGAAGCUCACCCUGUGACUAAUGGCAUAGAGGAGCCUUUGGAAGAAUCCUCUCAUGAACCUGAACCAGAACCAGAAACUGAAACAAAGACUGAGGAGCUAAAACCACAAGUGGAGGAGAAGACCUUAGAAGAAUUGGAGGAGAAGUCGACUACUCCUCCUCCCUCAACAGAACCUGUUUCUCUGCCACAGGAACCACCAAAGGCUUUCUCCUGGGCUUCAGUGACCAGUAAAAACCUGCCUCCUAGUGGUACUGUUUCUUCCUCUGGAAUUCCACCCCAUGUUAAAGCACCAGUCUCACAGCCAAGAGUUGAAGCUAAACCAGAAGUUCAAUCUCAGCCACCACGAGUCCGUGAACAGCGGCCUAGGGAGCGACCUGGUUUCCCUCCUAGAGGACCAAGACCAGGCAGAGGAGAUAUGGAGCAGAACGACUCGGACAACCGUAGAAUAAUCCGCUACCCAGACAGUCAUCAACUUUUUGUUGGUAACUUGCCACAUGAUAUUGAUGAAAAUGAACUGAAAGAAUUUUUUAUGAGUUUUGGAAACGUUGUGGAACUUCGCAUCAAUACCAAGGGUGUUGGGGGAAAGCUUCCAAAUUUUGGUUUUGUGGUUUUUGAUGACUCUGAACCAGUUCAGAGAAUCUUAAUUGCAAAACCAAUUAUGUUUCGAGGAGAGGUACGUUUGAAUGUGGAAGAGAAGAAAACAAGGGCUGCAAGAGAACGAGAAACCAGAGGUGGUGGUGACGACCGCAGAGAUAUUAGGCGCAGUGAUCGAGGUCCUGGUGGCCCACGUGGAAUUGUGGGUGGUGGAAUGAUGCGUGACCGUGAUGGAAGAGGACCACCUCCAAGAGGUGGCAUGGCACAGAAACUUGGCUCUGGAAGAGGAGCCGGGCAAAUGGAAGGCCGCUUCACAGGACAGCGUCGUUGAAGCUCCACUGUUGGCAAAGUCUUGGCAGUGGUACAUUACUCAUCGUGUUUGCAUUCUUGUUAAUUUUUUUUGGCUUUGGAAUGUGACACAGCCUUUUUGAUCAUUUCUUUGAUGUGAAAAGCAUCUUUGGUUAUCAGUUAAAUUGAGGUGGACAUUAUUUCCCCAAUUUCACAACAGGAUUCACAUUGUUAAUUUAUAAAUCUAGACUUGAAGAAUUAAGGACUGAGAAAUGACCAUAUCUUAAAGUAUCUACAACAAAAUGAACUUAAAAGGACAUGCCCACUGAAUUCAGGUCCUUUGAGUGUAAAAA